CGGGCCGCGGCCGCUGCCGCCACUGCCGUCGGGGAAGGUCCCAGCGCGGUCCUGGCCUCGCGCGGCGCCCGUCGGGGCCCGAGCCCCCCGCGCCCCGCGCAGUAGCCCUGCAGAGAGGCGGCCCCGACUGUGCCGACGGCGCAGACUGCCGUGGGGGCGGCAUGGCUGAGGCGGAGGCGCACCUGCUCCCGGCCGCCGACGUGCUGCGCCGCUUCUCGGUGACUGCCGAGGGCGGCCUGAGCCCGGAGCAGGUGACCGGCGCGCGGGAGCGCUACGGCCCUAACGGUGAGAGCGCAGGCCACGCGGGGGCAGCCGGGGCCGCGUGCGCCGCGGUCUCCGUAUCGCCCCCGGCACCGCGGCUGCGGAGAGAGCUCCCGACCGAGGAAGGGAAGUCCCUGUGGGAGCUGGUGCUGGAGCAGUUUGAGGACCUCCUGGUGCGCAUCCUGCUGCUGGCGGCCCUGGUCUCCUUCGUCCUGGCCUGGUUCGAGGAAGGUGAGGAGACCACAACUGCCUUCGUGGAGCCCCUGGUCAUCAUGCUGAUCCUUGUGGCCAAUGCGAUCGUGGGCGUGUGGCAGGAACGCAAUGCUGAGAGUGCCAUUGAGGCCCUGAAGGAGUAUGAGCCUGAGAUGGGCAAGGUGAUCCGCUCGGACCGCAAGGGCGUGCAGCGGAUCCGCGCCCGGGACAUCGUCCCCGGAGACAUCGUGGAAGUGGCAGUGGGAGACAAAGUGCCCGCCGACCUCCGUCUCAUCGAGAUCAAGUCCACCGCGCUGAGAGUGGACCAAUCCAUCCUGACUGGUGAAUCUGUGUCUGUGACCAAGCACACGGAUGCCAUCCCAGACCCCAGAGCUGUGAACCAGGACAAGAAGAACAUGCUGUUUUCUGGCACCAACAUCGCAUCGGGCAAGGCGAUGGGUGUGGCAGUGGCCACGGGCUUGCACACGGAACUGGGUAAGAUCCGGAGUCAGAUGGCGGCCAUGGCACCAGAGCGGACGCCCCUGCAGCAGAAGCUGGAUGAGUUUGGGCAGCAGCUGUCCCGCGCCGUCUCCGUGGUCUGCAUGGCCGUGUGGGUCAUUAACAUUGGUCACUUUGCUGAUCCGGCCCACGGCGGCUCUUGGCUCCGAGGUGCCGUCUACUACUUCAAGAUUGCCGUGGCCCUGGCAGUGGCCGCCAUCCCUGAGGGCCUCCCGGCUGUCAUCACUACAUGCUUGGCACUGGGCACACGGCGUAUGGCCCGCAAGAACGCCAUCGUGCGGAGUCUGCCCUCCGUGGAGACCCUGGGCUGCACCUCGGUCAUCUGCUCUGAUAAGACGGGCACACUCACCACCAAUCAGAUGUCGGUCUGCCGGAUGUUCGUGGUAGCCGAGGCCGAAGCGGGUACCUGCAGUUUGCACGAGUUCACCAUCUCGGGCACCACGUAUGCCCCGGAGGGCGAAGUGCGGCUGGGGGGGUGGCCUGUGUGCUGCGGGCAGUUUGACGCGCUGGCGGAGCUGGCGACCAUCUGCGCCCUGUGCAAUGACUCAGCGCUGGACUACAACGAGGCGAAGGGCGUGUAUGAGAAGGUGGGAGAGGCUACGGAGACGGCCCUGACUUGCCUCGUAGAGAAGAUGAAUGUUUUUGACACGGACCUGCAGGCCCUGUCCCGGGUGGAGCGAGCUGGGGCCUGCAACGCGGUCAUCAAGCAGCUGAUGCGGAAGGAGUUCACCCUGGAGUUCUCCCGAGACCGGAAGUCCAUGUCGGUGUACUGCACGCCCACCCACCCUGGCCUAGCGGCCCAGGGCAGCAAGAUGUUUGUGAAGGGGGCACCUGAGAGUGUGAUCGAGCGCUGCAGCUCAGUCCGCGUGGGGAGCCGCACGGUACCCCUGAACACCACCUCCAGGGAGCAGAUUCUGGCCAAGAUCCGGGACUGGAGCUCAGGCUCGGACACACUGCGCUGCCUGGCACUGGCCACCCGGGAUGCGCCCCCGAGGAAGGAGGACAUGCAGCUAGACGACUGCAGCAAGUUUGUGCAGUACGAGACGGACCUGACUUUCGUGGGCUGCGUGGGCAUGCUGGACCCUCCGAGGCCCGAGGUGGCUGCCUGCAUCUCACGCUGCCACCAGGCGGGCAUCCGUGUGGUCAUGAUCACGGGGGACAACAAAGGCACGGCUGUGGCCAUCUGCCGCCGGCUUGGCAUCCUCAAGGACACAGAGGACGUGGCGGGCAAGGCCUACACGGGCCGAGAAUUCGAUGACCUCAGCCCCGAGCAGCAGCGCCGCGCCUGCCGCACGGCCUGCUGCUUCGCUCGGGUGGAGCCCGCGCACAAGUCCCGCAUCGUGGAGAACCUGCAGUCCUUCAAUGAGAUCACCGCCAUGACUGGAGACGGGGUGAAUGAUGCCCCAGCCCUGAAGAAAGCGGAGAUCGGCAUCGCCAUGGGCUCCGGCACAGCCGUGGCCAAGUCAGCGGCAGAGAUGGUACUGUCAGAUGACAACUUUGCCUCCAUCGUGGCUGCAGUGGAGGAGGGCCGGGCCAUCUACAGCAACAUGAAGCAAUUCAUCCGCUAUCUCAUCUCCUCCAAUGUUGGCGAGGUCGUCUGCAUCUUCGUCACAGCAAUUCUGGGCCUGCCCGAAGCCCUGAUCCCUGUGCAGCUGCUCUGGGUGAACCUGGUGACGGAUGGCCUACCUGCCACGGCCCUGGGCUUCAACCCACCAGACCUGGAUAUUAUGGAGAAGCGGCCCCGGAACCCUCGGGAGGCCCUCAUCAGUGGCUGGCUCUUCUUCCGAUAUCUGGCUAUUGGAGUGUACGUUGGCCUGGCCACAGUGGCUGCUGCCACCUGGUGGUUCCUGUAUGAUGCCGAGGGACCUCAGGUCACCUUCUACCAGCUGAGGAACUUCCUGAAGUGCUCAGAGGACAACCCGCUCUUUGCCGGCACUGAAUGCGAGGUCUUUGAGUCACGCUUCCCCACGACCAUGGCCUUGUCUGUGCUGGUGACCAUUGAGAUGUGCAACGCCCUUAACAGCGUCUCGGAGAACCAGUCACUGUUGCGGAUGCCGCCCUGGCUGAACCCCUGGCUGCUGGUGGCUGUGGCCAUGUCCAUGGCCCUGCACUUCCUCAUCCUGCUUGUGCCGCCCCUGCCUCUCAUCUUCCAGGUGACCCCACUGAGUGGGCACCAGUGGGUGGUGGUGCUCCAGAUAUCUCUGCCUGUCAUCCUGCUCGAUGAGGCCUUCAAGUACCUGUCCCGGAAGCACGUGGAUGGGGCCAGGGCAGCUGAUCAGCCCCCAUCUCCCAUACUGGCCAGCCCUCCCAGGCACUGCAAAUAUUUUAUGUUAUUAAAAAGACUAAAACAAGUUGGCCUCCUCUCUCUGGAGAAGCUGGCCCACCACAGGUCUGUCCAGAGGGUGACCACACACAUGGCAGGGGGAAGGGGGCUCAGCUGAGGGUAGAGGUGGGUGCUUGGUCAAAGCAAGGUCUGUUGGAGCCCACAGGUGGGGGGGUGGGGAAGGGGGAGCCAAGCCAGACAAGGCAUUCUGCCCCGGCAUGGUUCUCUUGGGCCCACCCUCAGGGCGCUUCUGGGGAGGUGAAGACAGGGAAAUGGCUCUGUCACCUGAAACUCCAUCUGCAGCAGCCCCAGCUCUGGCUGGAGCACAGGGCUGGGCCACCAGGAGGGCUGCCGGCCAACCUUGACCACACUAACUCACCUGCAAAGUCCCCCACAUCUUCCGGGGGACGUGGGCACCUUCGUCUUUAAGAGCUUUCCCUAGCCAAGAGGUUCCGCGUCUUCUCGAGAAAGCUGAAAAGUGAGAACGUUUCUCAGCCAAUGGGAGAAGCCUAUGUCUUGGGCACUGUUCCAGUGCUGGCUACUGGAUGAUGGAGGAUUUGGCUUGGGUGGGGGAGGGGAGCAGGCCCCUAGCAGGACCGGGUAGGUUGGAAGGACUGGGGAGGGAGCAGCCCCUACUGGGCCAGGGUUGGGGGUGGUUUCUAGAAGAGGUGGGGUUUGGGCAGAGGUUUGAAAGGGGAGGAUUGAACUUGGUGGAGAAGAGGCUGGGCUUGAAAGGCUUGGCCUCUUUCGUGGAGCUGGGGCUUGGAGUGCAGGGUAGAGGGCUGAGGCCAGAGUGUGGCAGGGGCCUCGGACACCAAGGUAAGGACCCUGGACGUUAUCCUCAGGUCAGAGAGAGCCACAGAAGGGUGGAAGCAUGGGAGGGACUGGGGUGACCAUGGAGGGUAGAUGGGAGCGAGACUAAGGGCAGGGAGGCUGGUGGGCCUUGUUAAGCUGGUUUGGGAGGGAGACACUGAGGCCCAGCCCAGGGUAAGCUGGUCCCGGAAGAUGCCUCCACCUCCACCAUUAACCUGAGAUGUUGACUGUGGUCCUGGUGAAGCUCGGCUCGUGAGGGUGGUGCUCUGCUCUCAGGAGUGGCCAUGGGACCCGCAGGACGGACACAGGCUGGGUAUCUGUGGCCACAUCUGAGAGGUGGGGUGGAGUGUG